UUUUAACUCAUAUUUAGAGGAAAAAACUACUUUUGGUCAUUUCACAACAAAGGAAUCAAUGGUAGAACAAUCUAAAAUAUCGAAAGCACAAAAGGUAUCUCUUGUCAUUUGAUGCUCAAACUCUUUGUAUGGACAACAACAACAACAACAACCACAACAGAAACGAUGAGGUUAACCACACCGUUUAUAUCAGUUUCAACAAAAAUGAUUCAUCAGUCUCCUCUUUCAUCAGCUACCUCAUCGCUGCUUUCAACCGACAAGGAAUCAUCUCUGCGUUCGUUGACGGUAAAAGCAGCCAUGACGAAGCUGUCGAGAGGGAGAUGGGACCUGAGAAUUCUCCAAAUUACGGGUGGUGUGUAUCGUCCGUGAAGCAACAUACGGAGAGGUUUGGUGAAGAGUUUGACGCAGUCAAAGAUCGAGGAUUAAGUGGCGACCAGGCCAUGAAUAUGAUUGUAACGAAGCGGCGGAGUCUUGAGAGGCUGCCUCCUCACCUGCCGAUGCUCUCCUCCGUCGCAUCCUCCACCGGCGGGCUUCUUUUCCCUUCGUUACUCGAAUUGCCAGAGACUCAACAGUUCCACCCUCUGGCCUAUCACAGGAUUAACGAGUUUGAAAGAGUUGGAUCUUUCAAGAUGUUGGAAGGUUACAGAUGCUGGUAUAAAGCACCUCCAAUCUGUUGUAUAUCUGGAAAAGUUGUGGAUUUCCACAGACAAGGUGUUACUAAAGUUGGAAUUUCUCUUCUUGCUUCACUUAAAAAGUUGUCUCUUUGGGAUUUGGGUGGCUUACCUGUAACUGAUCAAAACUUGAUUGCUCUCCAGCUUUCGGGGAUGAUUCUGUUGGGACAUGUGCCGCAACUCGAGACAUUCUCUCUGUCUCAGACAUUUGUCGACGAUCUUUCCAUCUUGCUUAUCAGCACCAUGAUGCCUUGCAUUAAAGCCCUUGACUUGGGCAUGACCAGUAUCCGAGGAUUCAUCCUACAACAAUCUCCACAAGAAGAACAAGCAGAGCCGUCGUUAGCAGCACUACAAUCUCUAACUUCCCUUAAAACCCUGAGUCUAGAACAUCCGUACCUGGGCGACACAGCUCUUUCCGCUCUAAGUAGCCUUACUGGAUUAACACAUCUGCAAACCAUGGGUCGAAUUGAUAUGCGGCCGGAAUCGUGACGUCAGCUUCCACAUUCUCUGCUACUUUCUGGCGGCUUGCGACGGAGGACUUGAGGUUUUGGUAGGGGACAAAAGCUCUGUGAUACCGUGAAUAACGUGUUGUUUUGAGAUAAUGAAAACGGCAUGGUGUU